AUGAUGAUGAUGAUGAUUCUUAUGAUGAUGAUGAUGAUGAUGAUGAUGAUGUUGUUGAUGAUGAUGAUUCGGAUGAUGAUGAUGAUGAUGAUGAUGAUGAUGAUGAUUCGGAUGAUUAUGAUGAUGAUGUAUGAUGAUCAUGUUGAUGACGAUGAUCGUGAUGAUGAUGAUGAUGAUGAUGAUGAUGAUGUAGAAGAUGAUGAUGAUGAUGAUGAUGACGAUGAUUCGGAUGAUGAUGAUGAUGAUGAUGAUCAUAAUGGAUGA